ACAUAGCCUAAUUUUCAUUUUUCAUUUUAGGAUCCAUUGACUUUCAUGGAUGUGUCCAUAGACUUCUCCCAGGAGGAGUGGGAAUGCCUAGACUCUGCCCAGAGGGCUUUGUAUAGGGAGUUGAUGUUGGAGAACUACAGCAAUCUGGUGUCUGUAGGCCUUGCUGUGUGUAAGCCCGUUCUGGUCUCCUGUUUGGAACAAAGCAAAGAGCCCUGGAAUGUGAAGAGAGGGGAGACUGUAGCCAACCAGAACUCAACUCUUAGAAGACAUCAGAGGGUGUAUAAUGUAGAGAAACCCUACAGAUAUGAAGAAUGUGACAGGUCCUUUUCUUUGAUGUCAAGUUUAAAAUUACAUCACAGCAGUCAUACUGGAGAGAAACUCCACAAAUGUGAAGAAUGUGGCAAGUCCUUUAGUGAAAUGUCAAGGCUUAGAGUGCAUCAGCGAAUACAUACAGGAGAGAAACCCUACCGAGAUGAAGAAUGUGGCAAAUCCUUUACUCAACUAGCACAUCUUAGAGAACAUCAGCGAAUGCAUACAGGAGAGAAACCCUACAGAUGUGAAGAAUGUGGCAAGUCCUUCAGUCGAGUGUCAAAUCUUAGAGGACAUCAGCGAAUGCAUACAGGAGAGAAACCCUAUGGAUGUGAAGAAUGUGGCAAGUCCUUUAGUGAAAUGUCAAGGCUUAGACUACAUCAGCAAAUACAUAUAGGAGAGAAACCCUACAGAUGUGAAGAAUGUGGCAAGUCCUUUAGUCGAAUGUCACAUCUUAGAGGACAUCAGCGAAAGCAUACAGGAGAGAAGCCCUACAGAUGUGAAGAAUGUGGCAAUUUCUUUAGUGAAAUGUCAAGUCUUAGAAGACAUCAGCGGAUACACACUGGAGAGAAACCCUUCAGAUGUGAAGAAUGUGGCAAGUCCUUUAGUCGAAUGUCACACCUUAGAGGACAUCAACGAAUGCAUACAGGAGAGAAACCCUACAGAUGUGAAGAAUGUGGCAGGUCCUUUAGUGAAAUGUCAAGUCUUAGAAGACAUCAGCAGUUACACACAGGAGAGAAACCCUGCAGAUAUGAAGAAUGUGGCAAGUUCUUUAGUCACAUGUCAGAUAUUAGAGUACAUCAGUGAAUACAUAAUGGAGAGAAACUGUAGAGAUAUGAAGAAUGUGGCAAGUUCUUUAGUCACAUGUCAUAUCUUAGAGCACGUUAAUGAAUACAUAAUGGAGAGAAAUCCUACAGAUGUGGAGAAUGUGGCAAGUCCUUUGGUAAAUGGUCAAGUAUUAGAAGACUUCAGCAAAUACAUACUGGGGAGAAACCCUACAGAUGUGGAGAAUGUGGCAAGUCCUUUAGUAAAUGGUCAAGUAUUAGAAGACCUCAGCGAAUACAUACUGGAGAGAAACCCUACAGAUGUGAAGAAUGUGGCAAGUCCUUUAGUCAAAUGUCAUAUCAGAGGACAUCAGCGAAUACAUAAUGGGCAGAAACCCUACUGAUCUGGAGAAUGUGGCAAGUCCUUUAGUAAAUGGUCCAGUAUUAGAAGACUUCAGCAAAUACAUACUGGAGAGAAACCCUACAGAUGUGAAGAAUGUGGCAAGUCCUUUAGUCAAAUGUCAUAUCAGAGGACAUCAGCGAAUACAUACUGGGGAGAAACCCUACUGAUGUGAAGAGUGUGCCAUCAUCUUCAAUCAAAUGUCAUAUCUUAGAUCACAUCAGAAAACACAUACUGGGGAGAAAUCCUGCAAAUGUGAAGAAUGUGAUGAGACCUUUAGUUGCACGUCAAGCCUUAGAGUACAUCAGCAGAUACAUCAUGGAGAGAAACCCUACAGAUGUGAAGCAGGUGCCAAGGCCAUUAGCCAAAUGGCACAUCUUACAUUAUAUCAACUAAUAUAUACUGCGAGAAACCCUACAGAUGUGAAGAAUGUAGCAAGACCUUUAGUUCCAUGUUAAGGCUUAGAGGACAUCAGCGAACACACACUGGAGAGAAACCCUAUAGAUUUGAAGUAUGUGACAAGUUCUUUCAUCACAUGUCAUAUCUUAGAAUACAUCAGCAAAUACAUACUGGAGACAAACCCUACAGAUGUGAGGAUGUGGCAAGUCCUUUAGUCACAUGUCAAUUCUUAGAGGACAUGGGCGAAUGCAUGCUUGAGAGAAUCCCUACAGAUGUGAAUUAUGUGACAAGUCCUUUAGGCACAUGUCAAUUCUUAGAAGACAUGGGUGCAUGCAUGCUUGAGAGAAACCCUACAGAUGUGAAUUAUGUGACAAGUACUUUAUGGUGAGCUUAACUUAAAUAAGACACAUAAAAUAAUUCAUAUUGAGAGAAUCCCCACAAAUGUCAAGAAUGUAAGUAGUCCUUUAAAAAUUUGUCUCAUCUUAGAGGACAUCAUGUAAUUCAUACUUGAGAGAAAUUCUAUAAAUGUGAAGCAUGUGACAAGUCCGUUCAUUGUAUGUCAGAUUUAAUGUUUCAUCAGAGAAUUCCUACUGGAAAGUAACCAUUCCGAUAAGAAGAAUAUGACUGACUGAGAGCCCAGCACAUAGAAGGCAUCAGAGAAUUCAUAGUAGACAGAUACCCCACAAAUGAAAAGGGCUUGAGAGGCCCUGUACUCGUAUUUAAACUCUUAGAGAACAUCAAAGAAUUUACAUUAAAGGGAGACACAGGAAUUAUAAGGAAUGUAGCAAUUCCUUUAAUCAUAUGUCAAAUGGUGACACAUAAAAAAUUCAUACUAGAGAGAUAGUUUACUGUUGCACAGAGUGUGGUACAUCCUUUACCCUGGGCUUAAUCCUUAGAAUACAAAGCAGAAUCUGCAGUAGAGGGAUAUAUCCAAAAGUCUGGAAAAUAUUCAAAUGCUUAUAUUUAUAUAUUACAAAACUUCAUAGUGUACUGAAGGAAAACUUAGAAUUAAGUACAACAUUGCAAAAUCUCCAUUCAUGUGUUUGAGAAACUAGCAGCAUAAAAAAUGUGAGAAAGCAUACAUUUACCCAUACAAUGUUGUUGAAUAGCACUGAAUCCUUGUGCAUUGAAAAUCUACAAAUAACAUCAUGUCAGCAUCAUGAGAUUUCAUACUGAAAAGGAACCUCACAAAAUUCAAAGAUUAAUACCUCAUUAUUUAUUGUCAGAGAAUACACUGUGCCAAUGAAGCAUCUAAGUAUAAAUGAAUUGCCACAUAUUCUCUAAAUAGCAUGUGAAUAUGUGAA